AGAUGUUGGUCGAAGAACGACCUCGAAAGGAAAGUGCGAGUUGUUGUUCAAGGGCGCACAUUAUCCGCGCGACGGCCAAGUCACCGACCGAAAGGGAGGGGAGGGAUAUUUGAUGAUACUGUGUAUAAAAGCCCCUGGAGCCGGGGACAUGAAUCACAAACCAUCUGUGAACAUUGAUAACGCAAGGUUCCUGACCAGCUGCUGUCGUCGGUCGGUGGUCUAGAGUGUGUGUGAUAACGGGGCGAAAGGAUUAGGGGACAGUGUACAACCGAGUCGAUGUGGCCAUGAGGACGUUGAUUGAAGUGCAAACAUUGUAGAACAGAGUGUUAUCCUGGACUGAAGUGUGUCCGUUAAUUGAAAGUACUCGUAAAGUGAUUCGGUUUAUAGCUCGGCAACAGCUGGCUAUCGAGUGAGGGAGAGCAAAGUGUGGAAGUGCUCUGAUUGAGUUGUGCGUAGAUCAGAUUGUCAGGGUUAAACAUGAUUCCACGAAGAUCCAAUGCGGCGGCGGCGGUGGUUAUCCUGUUGCUGGCAGGUGUUGUUGCCCUAAGCCAAGCUGACGACGGAGGUGUUGGCUCCAGCCCGAGUGCACCGAACAAGUUGGAUGAUUACGUGCUUACCACCCAGUCCGAGUGCUAUAAAUCGAAGCGGUUGGUGUCCUGUUUCAAGUAUCGGAUUUCGCGUUACAUUUGGUCGUUCGCGUCCGGUCGUAUGAACUGGUUGCUGUCGGAGGAUAAGGCCUACGAGGGUGGCAACGGGUUGCGGUUAGUGCGACUAAACGAGCCACAGGAGGACGAUGUGUUCCCGGAGGCACGGCAGAUUUUACCGCACGACAACGAAAUCAUGAAGGCAGCCAAAUUCCUGCAACGUUCGCUGAACACAUUCAUCGCCGCCCACGGCGUACGGAUCGGCAUGGGCUCGGACAGUGGCGCCCGGUUCUUCGACGACGUGGACAACUUCGACGGCCGGGGCAAGAAGAAGAAGCGGUGGAACAUGAUCCUGCCGUUGGCGCUGAUGCUGAAGCUGGUGCACAUGAAGCUGCUGCUCAAGACCAUCCUGCUCGGUGUCGGUUUGAUCCAGGUGCUGCUCAUCGCCGGCGGUCUUAUUAUAUUCAAUUACUUCCGGCACAGCAGCAUCUGCCGGCUGCAGCCGCAUGUGGUGCACUCGCACUCGCACAUCGCCAGCGAAUCGUCACCGGAGAUUUCCUAUUCCGCCUACGGAGCUUAUCCAUCGUACUCGGCCUCACCGUACAACGCUUACAGCAAAGAUUGGGCCACCAACCGGGCCUACAGUGCGUACAGCUUCCUGGAUGCCAUCGACAAUCACAAAAUCUAAUAAUGGCACCCAAAAUGGCGUGUCCCAGUUCAAAAUAGGAAAUCUAGGGGAUCAUCCAGUGUUCCAGUACUAACUCAAUCAAAACCCUCACUAAUGCUGAAUUUCCAUUCAAUUGACUUAUUUCUGUGUUCAUCUUAACUCUCAAUCUGCUCUAUCACUUCAGCUAACUAACUAAGUCUUUU